AUGGGACAGAAAUCAGGUGGACAAAUUUUGCUGUGCGAUGAUUGUGAUCGUGCCUUUCACAUCAACUGUCUCGUCCCAAUCCCUAGCCCAGUUCCAAAGGGGGAGUGGCACUGUCCCAACUGCACCAGAUAUCGCAACCACACUGCCCAUCUUCGGGCAACUGCCGUUGCAUCAUUGCGUCAGGUCACCGAAGACAUCGAGACCCGUCCGCAUCUACCCCCAAAGCUUCGAAUUAAGCUGUUGGACCUUCCGGCCCCCGUAGUCACUUUCACAUUCGCUCAACCCACCCUGCCGAUCCCGCUUCAAGCAUUAGAUAACACCAACUGCCACACUAACCUUGCGUCCCGACCCGUUCACUCAUUACCCGCAAACAAAAGGCUUCGGAAACCCCCGCAACCUUCCGUCUCCCCUUCUUCACACUUGAACGUUCUCGACCGCGUUCCCGUCUUCAAAAGCGUAUCUCAGGAAAGCAUCCUCAAGCGAAGAAUCUACCUUUCCAACUUGUCCCGUGAUCUCGCCCCAUUGGCAGCCCGCCUUGGGAACGCCCACGCUAUGAACUCCUUGCGCUGUUCGCAAGAUUCCCUGGAAGCUGUCAUCAGUAAGCAACUACAGAACUGCGCCUCGCAAAUGAAAAGAAACACUCGUGCCUCAUUGCAUCGAAAACAACGGAACAAGACCCGAAUCAGAAAGUCCCUCCCGCCCGCCCCGUGA